AUGAAUAUUUCAGAGUUCGGAGGGAACGGAAGUGCGUCUGAACAGGUAAAACAAUUCAUUGAAUUCAGGAUUGCCUACUACGUGAACAACAGUGCCUUGUGGGUGUUGGCGUUUGUUGGUCUGAUCUGUAACUUGCUGGCGUUUAUCACAAUAUGUAUGAUAAAACCGUUUACCAAUGCUUCUUUCUUUGUGGCUUUGUUGGCGGUGUUAGACGCUUGUGUACUGCUCAUGAAGCUGAUCUAUCAACAGCUGACAGCGUACAAUGUGCCCAUUGGCGAUCUCGGGUGCUCCAUAACCACUUUUCUGGGGAACUUCCUCAUUCAUUUCUCCACCUGGACACUAGUCACUAUGACUAUCGAACGGUUCGUGGCGGUAUGGUUCCCGCUAAGGGUCAACAGAAUCUUCACGAUGUUUCGCGCUAAGAUUUUGGCCACAAUCAUUGGUUGUUUGCUGGUUUCGCUUAACAUUCACUUUUUGUGGACCUACGAAAUCUACGUGGAUUCGAACCCGGAUAUACAACUGAAUUGCCGCUCUCGGAAGAGGUAUGACUACUUCGAGAAGCAUUACUGGUACUGGAUAAACUCGUGUGUGUACGCCUUUAUACCAUGUGGAGUGCUGACAGUUCUCAACGCUCUCAUCAUAUACGGCAUGAAGAAAUCAAUCCGACUGCAGAAAAAAAUGACGACCGUGGAUAGGAGAGCGCCGAGUAGAAAUAACCAGCAGAAGCAAGUAACUAUCAUGCUUGUCGCCGUGUCCAUCGCCUGCGUUUGUUUCCUGUUGCCCAUCUGUAUCUUUUACCUGGGCUCCGUUUAUCAACCAGCCUCUAUGGAUCCCCACACCCAGGCAACGUACUUCUUGUAUACAGAACUUGUCUUACUAACAGCAGAACUCAACCAUGUCUGUAAUGUAUUUUUCUAUUUUUUCAGCAGUCCUAAGUUCCGAUCUAUGUUAAUCAAAUUGUUAACGUCGCAUUUCCGAAGACGAGAGGAUAAAUCAUCACAUCACCAGUAUUCAAUGUCCACAACAAUUCAGAAACUGUGA